UAGUCACUAGGUGACUAGAGUCUAGGUCUACUAGAUCUAUAAUAUUCUAUAAUUAGUCUAUAUUUCUAUAGAUCUACUACAAGUACUAGAAUCUAGAUCUACUAGAGUAACUAGAUGUAGAAUGUAGAGCUAGUAUAGAGUAUAGCCAUAACAUACAUAAUAAAUAGCAGCAUCUAGAAUAGAUGAUACAAUGAUGAAUGAUACCAUUGAUAGGGCCAUAGAAUCAAUGGCAUACAUCAGAGACAAUCCUCUAGACUAGUAAAUAACUCAACUAGACUAAUCUUAUUAUUUGUAAAAUAAUAAUUUUUAAUAAUCUAGUAAACAUGCUAUAAAAAAAAAUAAUAAUACUCAAAUACUGCAUCUUUUACUUUAACUAAGCAAGAUUUCUUAAUUUUAAACCUUUUUAUCUAUCUAGAUCUACAUUAAAAUUAAUAUGAAUUUUUAAACUAAUACCAUUAAAAAUUAAUUUUAACAUUAUUGUAGAUCUAUAUAUAUAAUAUCAUAUCUAGAUCAACUAGUAUUACACACCAGCUACAUCCAUUGAUUUGUUCCUAGGAUAUUCUCUCUUUUUAUCUUUCUGUCUAUCUCUAUCUCUUUCUCUCCCUAGAACCUCAUUUUAUUCAACCUGCAUAUCGUUACACUUUUGACUUGGAUUGAAAUAACUUAUUUUUAUAACACUCUUUCCUUUAGAUGCACGCAUACUUUUCUGCAAUAAUUUAAAGUAUCACUUUUACAUUUCCCAUCUCCCUACGCCCUCCCUCUCACAACAAAAGUUCUACGUGCCGUCUCUGACUUUUCGUCUGCUUCUAAAUUAAGCUCUUCCCCCUUUUUAUUUUUGAUACAGAAAGGGAAUCUGGUUACCAUACUUUAUAUUUAGUUGUUUUUUUUAAAUUGGGAAGGGAAUUUGGUGACUAGUUUUGCUUUUUUUUUUAUUCGGUGUGUGGGGGAGGGUAAUUUAAAACCCUCCUUGGCUACGUUAGGGUUGAACCUCAAAAUCCUAAUUAAAGCAAAACUUCCUUCAAAUCCCUCCCAUGGCUAUGCCCAUAAAAGUACAUUAGAAAGAAUGGAUGGAGAUAAGAAUAGAAAAGAUGGUCAAGCUAAAAACAAGCAAUGUCCUUAUCAGAAGUGUAAUGCUAGUCAGACCACCACUAAUCAGCCAACUAAUCAAACUCCAUCACCCCAAAGUCCUGAGAGUUAUGCAGAGGGCUCUCAACCCAGUUCACCAUCUCCUGAUUUCGGUCAACAUGUGCUACCAUGUAGUGACAUGUCUCCCCAACCUGGUCCAACUUUGAGAGAUCAUAGACAUUCUUUAAGUGGCCUAGGAACAGCUAAUGGUGCCAUGUCUGCAACCUCUCCAGUUAAUGCAGUUGUAAAGGCAUCCAGCACAGGAACAUUAUCUUCAGCCCCUCCUCCUUUUCAUGCUCACAACAGUAAGAGAGAGAACAAGCUACCCACUACAGUGGGAGAUUGUGUGUCUAAUUUCCCAUUUUCUUGCAGUGGCCCCUUGGUCAAUAACUUUGUGAGGUCUGGCUCUUGUAGUGCUAAUGCUGGAAAGACUGCCAAUGGAGGAUUCGAUGCAGAUUUAUUUGCUAGUGGGCAUAUUUUUUUUCCUCAAUCUUCUCCACUUUUGGCGGCGUCCACUCCACAGAAUCAAGCUGUGUACAACUGGCAAGCUACUAAGACCAGUGUCAAGGAGCGUCUAACAUAUCUCUACAAUACUGACACCAUGACAGAUAUACAGUUCAAGGUUGGAAAGCCUCCUGCACAUCAGAUAAUUUCUGCUCAUAAAUUUAUUCUGUCCAUCGGAAGUGCUGUUUUUGAUGCACUGUUUAAUGGUCGAUUGGCUACCUCUGACAGUAUUAUUGAGAUUCCUGAUGUAGAACCUGCUGCCUUCUCUGCUUUGCUGCGCUUCUUGUAUACAGAUGAUGUCCAGAUAGGUCCUGAAACAGUGAUGACAACUUUAUACACAGCCAAAAAAUAUGCAGUCCCUGCUCUGGAAAGAGCUUGUGUAGAGUUCCUGAAAAGAAAUCUUAGCAGUGAUAAUGCUUUCAUGCUACUAACUCAAGCACGCCUAUUUGAUGAGCCUCAGUUGGCUGCCCUGUGUCUUGAAACAAUUGAUAAGAACACAUCUGAAGCUCUUGCAGCUGAUGGCUUCACAGAUAUUGAUCUAGAUACACUCUGUGUUGUCUUAGAGAGAGACACUCUUGGUAUUAGAGAAUGUAAACUUUUCUCUGCAGUGUGUCGUUGGGCAGAAGCAGAAUGUCUGAGGCAAAAUCUUAUACCUCCCACUAGUGAAAACCAGCGCCGGGUUCUCUCAAAAGCUCUCAGGUUAAUCAGAUUCCCUUUAAUGACUGUUGAAGAGUUCGCCAUGGGAUCAGCUCAGAGUGGUAUCCUAGAGGACAGAGAAGUUGUGGAACUCUUUCUUUACUUUACUGUUAAUCCUAAGCCCAGCAUAAGCUUUCUGGAUGUUCCUAGGUGUUGUCUGACUGGCAAAGAGCAAGUGGUCUCAAGGUUUUGCCAAAUUGAGAGUAGAUGGGGCUAUAGUGGGACAAGUGAUAGAAUCAGGUUUAUGGUUAAUAGACGCAUUUAUGUUGUGGGUUUUGGAUUAUAUGGAAGUAUUCAUGGUCCGACAGAAUAUUCUGUAAACAUACAGAUAAUUCAUAUGGAUUCUACUAAAGUAAUGGGAUCAAAUGACCCUACAUUUCAAUGCGAUGGCACAACAUCAACAUUUAGAGUUAUGUUCAAAGAGCCAGUUGAGAUUCUGCCCAACACCAGUUACAUUGCCUGUGCCACUUUGAAGGGACCUGAUUCAUAUUACGGUUCCAAAGGCUUAAGAAAAGUAACUCAUGAAUCUGUUUCCAGUGGAAAAGUUACCUUUCAAUUCACUUAUGCGGCUGGCAAUAAUAACGGAACAUCAGUGGAGGAUGGACAAAUACCAGAAAUCAUCUUCUACACUUAGAACAAUAUUUUUUUUAAGUUGUAGAUUCUAGCUCAAAGUUCAACAAAAUGUAUAAUCAAAUUAAUAAAUCGCAAAUAAUAACUUAGGUCCUUAAAGUAAAGAAAAUGUAGACUACUGGUAAUAAGAUAAAAAUCCUUUUUUUUAUGCGAAAACCUCAAUCAGUCUAUCCAAAAAAUGUUAUUAAAGAUAAAGUUUUAGACUUACUCAGAGCAACUUGAAAACUGUUUUGUAAUUUUCCUUUAUUCUGAUUUUAAAAUAGACAAAUACCAGUAUUCAACAGAUAAAGUUUUUAAUACUCUGCUGUUCAGGUGUUAGGGUUGCAAAUUAAAUUAUAAAAAUUAUUGCUUUGUCUAUAAGCCAAAGAAAAUUAUAUUUAAAAAAAAAAAAGAAUAAAAAUUUAUACAAGAAAUGGUUUAUCCAUCCCAACUGUACAAUGUAAUUUAUUUGUAUUUAAUUAUAUUUUAAUUUAAAGUAGUAUUCUGUCACAAUGUUUAUUUUUAAUUGACUAAUUGAUACCUUUCUAUUUACCAAGUCGACUGUCAUGAACAUGAAAGCCUAGAUGAAUUAUGAUGAAAAAAAAAUCCUUUACUACUUAGAUUUUUUAAAAAUUUUAAUUUGUGACACAAAGUUUUUAAAAUAUACUGACGAGAUUGUUUGAAUUUUGUUUUCAAAUUAAUGUGGAAUGUUUAGUUAUUCUGAAUAAUUUUAACUACUCAUUUUGUUAAACAAAUUAUAUUUCAGUCCCAUAAUUUUUUGUGUAUUAAUCUCAGUUAAAAAAAUGUUGUCAUGAAAAAGAAUAAUAAAUUAGCCACAAAUACAUUUAUUGGUCAUGUUCCAAGGUAUCAAAAGUGUAUUGUUCAAGUAUUCAGAAUCAGUUGCUUUUACUUGUAGCCUAAUCUAACCUUAUGCUAUUGUUGGACACAUUUUGACAUGUUAUAAAUGUUAUAAACAAUGUGAAGCAUCCUUUUAUUUAAGUAAUUGUUAUCAUCACAAUUCUUCUGAAGAUUAAUCUUGAAAAUUUAAAAAUUAAAAAACUAAAAAGAAAUAGUAAUAUUAAUAUUAGUUUUUAUAGUUUUGUUCCAAUUGUGAAUUUGAUUCAAGCUGAAGGAUGUUCCAGUAUCCUGUUUGAUCGACAUUCUACUGCAUUAAAAAUUUUCUUCUGUAAUAUAUACUUUUACACUGCAGUAUUGAAAUCAAAAUCCUGCAUUUUAAUAUCUUUUUUUUUUCAUACUUAUGGAAAAUUGUUUUUUAAAUGGAGUUGUAUAUAGAAGGCUUUCUUUGAGUCUGAAGAUUAAUGAGCAAUGCAGUAUUUCAUAUGGCUACACAGCCCCAGCUGCGACCCACAAAUUUUGUCAUACCCAGCACUGACAUAACCAUUGUCCGCUGGUAGUCAAUUUAGUUUUUUUUUCUUUUUGCUGUCUACCUCUGUCCUCGGCAGAUGAUUUUCUUUUGGUCUCAGAUCAGUAUCCCAUGGCCUUUGUAAGUAUUCUGUCUGUCUCGUUCAGAAGCCACCUGCAACCAGGUGCUCUCGUGUAUGUCAGUUAAAGCAAUUUGGCACUUAAGCUGGUCUUAAAAGUGUUUCCCUGAAAUUAGUUAAUAAGUUGUAUCAUAAAAAUAGGCCUUUUUAUCUUCGUCAAAAAUUACUACAAAUUAAGUAAUUAUAUUACAGUUUUGCUAGAAAAUAACAUUACAACAUUACUGACUAAACAUUAUUUUCUUUACAUUGUUCUUUAGAUGACUUUUACCCUAAUGGAAAGACAGAUCUGAAAUAAGAUAUUCAAGGAUGUAAAGGAUCACCUUUGCUUUCUUAAUUGCCAUGACAUACUUUUAUUUUUUUUAAACUGCUAUUUGUUUAGUAUUUGGUUAUAAUUUGUCUUGCUUUAGUGGAACAACCAGGAACUAAGACUAGUCAUUAUAAUGAAAAAUUAGUUUAUUGCCUAAGUUUUUGUAUGUAUUAUAAUGGACACUAUUUUAGUUUUCAAUGAGAUAAUGUAUCAUAGUUAACUAGUAUUUUUACUAAAUGUCAAGGCAGUUAUUUAAUGCAUUUAAGUUGUUAUUGGAACCUACCUACAAGAAUAUGUUCAAUAAAUUGUGUAGAUAGAUAUAAUGAUGUGUAUAGUGAAAUUUUUUGUUGAAAUGUUUGAAUACCAUUUAAUCAUGCAUAUUUUUUUCUUUUACAACUGUUGGACUUAACUAAUUUAAUAAUUGAAUAUUGAGACCUUAAUAAAAUAGAAGUUUCAGUUGCAAACAAUUUUUUUUUUUUACUAUUUCAAGAUAGAAUUUACUCUAGACUACUCUAGAGUUAAUCAUUUGAGUACCUGGGUUGUCAAAAUUAUAUUUAGUCUCUAAUUAGGCCUUCCCAUUUGCUUUCUUAUUCCCAAUUUCAUUGUUUAAUAAAGUCUUCCCAUUGUUACAUUCUGUUAGCCUGGAGAUGCUGAUUUCUUCUAAAUACUGGGGUAUAUUUUUGCCAAUUAUAGCUUUUUUAUAUAGUGCUACUUUCAUGCUUAAAGUAUGCUCAGAGCACUAUGGUCCAAUCUCAUUUGUGGACCAGCGGGGGUUUCUGGGAGAAGGUUUUCUGUGCUGCCUUUAGGAGCUCAGUAAACAUAAUUUUGCUUUAUUUAAUUGGUUCAGAAUCUUCAGUUCAAUAAUGAUAUUAAUGAUUAUCUCUUCAGUAAUUGUAGAGUAUAUCCCUUAAGUUUUGUUUUUUUUAAUUUUAUUUCAGUAUUAAAUAUUGUGAUGUGCGUUUUUUUUUUUUUUUUACAUUUUAUUUCAAACUUUUUUUUAAUAAUGUUCUAAAGAUCAAUUAUUAUUUUAUUCGCUACCAAUUCUUCAGAUAGUUAAAUUAUAAACUGGUACAAUUGGCAGAACAUGCAGGAAAUGUCAACUAUUCUCAUACAUUUAAACCAUUGUCAUACAAUCAUAAAUCUAAAUAUUCUGGAUGUUUAAAAGAACAACUAAAUGUACAUUUUUGUUGUCACAACCAGUGACAUAUGCAUAUGAAGUUUUUUUUUUAAUUUAGUAUUUAUUAAGCAUUCAGAUUAUUAAUUUAAUUCUGAUUUGUUGUUUUUUAAAGUUCAUAUCAUUUUAAAGAAGAUAUUAAGAAGCUUCUGUGUUAACACUUCUAUAGAUAUUGUAACCAGUGCAUUUUGAACCAGUAGAAACUAUAACAACC